AUGCACAAAAUCACGUCCAUAUACGCCCAACAAACGCACAUAAUAGCACGAAAAAUACAAAACUCAUCAUUGGAAGGAAAGGUAAACAUGCUCAAGCAUUACAAUGUGCCCGUAAUAAUUUUUGAUUUUUGUGGUGGCAUACUAAAAUACAACACGCUAAUAGAAUUGAACAUGAGCUAUUAUUUUGUUUUUGACUAUGAAAGUGUUAAGAACGAGAUUAAUAGCACGAUUGAGGGUGAUGAUAUCGUAUUUUUGUUGUUUGACUGGCGACUUAACGAAGAUGUGAAAGAUUUCAUGGAACGAAAAACGAAAAAAAAUGUUUUUAUACUAAUAAACAGCAAAUAG